CGAAACGGAAGGACUCCCAGACUACAAACGGUGAUCCGGUUAUAGGACCGAACAGAGAGAGAGCGGACACGCAAACUUUAUCUGGACUACAUUACCUGCGAGGAAUUUAACCCGACAUGGUGGCGAUAAGACUACCAGUUGCUCUGUUUAUCGCCUUUUUUCUCUCCACACACUCUGCCUCAGGGUCCUAUCCCCGAGCACAGAAUGUCUCUUGGAAAUCCACAAAUUUUAAAACAAUUUUGACCUGGGAGCCCAAACCAUCAGCUGAUUACUCCUACACAGUGGAAUUUUAUGUGGUUGGUGCUGACAAACAGAGAAACCCUCACUGUAUCCGGUCCCUAUUGCCAGUAUGUGAUCUGUCCAGCUCUCUAACUGACCUGAAUGCCUACUACACAGCUGAUGUCCUGUCUGAACCCCCGCUGGGGGCCACCUCUGACCUCAUCGAGUUCCCUCACACCAGCUCGGCACGAUUCUGCCCGUACAAAGACACCGAUAUAGGCAGACCGGACUUCAAGCUGAAGGUAAGUGAAGACAAAAAGAGGACCACCCUGUAUGUGACCGACCCACUCACUGCCCUGUUUAAAGAUGGCCACCAGCUGAACAUCAGGGAUAUCUUCUCCCAUCAGCUGGAGUAUAAAGUCACCUAUCGGAGAAAUAAGAGCACUGGCAAGAAAAUUUACUACUUUAAGACCAAUGAGAUAGAGCUGAAGGAUUUGGACCAAGGGGAAAGCUACUGCUUCAAUGUCCAGGCCUAUAUUCCCAGCCGCAGCAUCGACAAGCAGCUGGGAGAGCUGAGCCAAACCCAGUGUUCCGACGACAACCAGUCCAUCUUUGAAGUGUAUUCAGUGGGUGUGAUUGCUGCUGCAAUCUUCCUCAUCUUGCUGUUGAUAGGCCUCAUCAUCGCAGUCACAGUGGUUUGCUGCAAGCAAAGGAAGAAAGCUCUGAAAAGCGCAAAAGAAGGAAUGCCACUUCGCGAUGUGUAGAGUGUGUGUUCCAUCUCACACAAACACACAGACACAAACACACACACACACAAAUACAAUGUGGUAACAAGCGGUACAGAUGAACCGAUCUAGUUCAACAUUCCACUGUCAAACACUGGAAUCAAUCCUUCCUUUAGUUUCUAUGAAACUGCCUCUGAAUAUGUGAGACAUAUUUGAUCCUUUAAUCAUUUAAUGCUGUAGAAAAAAACACUGUUUGAACACCCCUACUGUAAGCUACACACUAGCCAUCCUGCUGAGACUGUAUUAUUCCAUUUCUUUUCUUGUCUUUUAUAUUUGGUGAUUGGUACCUCUAAUGACUGUAGAUUACUAUAUACAGUCUACCAACUGAUUUUAUUUAUUUCAUUUUAUAUCGUAUUGGAUUUUUGGGAAACGAGUGAAAUCAAGACUUAGUGUAUAUUAUUUUUGUAUCUGAUGCUUAAUUUAUUGUGUUUAACUGAAUUUAACAUAUUUAUCAAAUAAAACAUGUAAAUAAAAAAUAAUACGUAUCUGAAUGAAUGAAGAACACAGACAUCAGCCAAUCAAUACUCUGGUCUAUUAUAGUUUAGGUACCCAUCCCUACUAGCUUCAGGAUGGUCGAAACAUUAAAGGCACUCUCGAGAGCAAGUGUUCAGUUUGUCUGUUCUGGGCUUCUGUAGCAACAUGGUGGUGCAACAUGGCAGACUUCCGAAUGUGUCAGUCUUCACAGUCUAAGUAUCUAAUUGUGAUGCUGCUGCUGCUUCUGGCACAGUACCAUGCUAGAUGUAAUGCUCUGCUUUAAUAAGAGAGAACUUGCACCUGAGGUUUCCUAAAUUAUUUUGUUUAUAAAGUGUGUAGUAUUUUGUAUAAUAUUUGUUCAGAGGAGUGUGAGUGUGGAUCAGCUCUGGCAAAACGUUUUGAAUAAGGUCCUCUUUUCAUCUCCAAUGUUAACUAUAAAAUAAAGUUCAGAUGCAGGUUUAUGAACUAACACAGCACCUGGGAUUUGGUUCACCCGCAAAAUGUUGCAUGUUUUUUGUAUACG